AUGGCGAGACAUCCAGUUCCGUUGAAAAUUGAUGACAUCAUCGGUAACAACCUCGUCGAGCCACAAGAAAUCGAUUUGGAUCUCAUCGAACAACAAGUGAAAGCGCUCAGCCAAAAGACGACCAUGACUUUCAACGAACGAAGCCACGAGAAUCAUCAAGACAAACUCGAUUUCCGUGACGCUCUCGACGGCUUGGUUACUGAAUUGACCGAACAUCGCCGCGAAAUCGAAACCAAUGAUGCAAGAGUGAAAAAGCAACUCGACGGUCUUCAACAACUUGAUAAGGACUUGGAGAAACUCGAGAAAGCCGUGAAACGAAUGGACGAAAAUGUGCUGACGACGAUGGAGAAAUGCCUCUUGGAUACGCAACAGCUCAACACGAAAAGUUAUGCC